UCUGGUGUGAAGAGAAUGGCUGUGACUUUAGAACAGGCCCAGAGGGUGGGCUAUACACUUCUGAAAGGACUCCUGAGGUUCGGCUUCAUGGUUGCCAAUAACCUAGUUGCUAUUCCAUCCUACAUCUUGUAUUUAAUUAUACUGCAGCCUCUUCGACUGUUGGAUAGUAAGCGGUUCUGGUAUAUCGAAGGAGUAUUAUUUAAAUGGCUUUUAGCUAUGGUGGCUUCCUGGGGCUGGUGGGCAGGAUAUACAGUAGUCGAAUGGGGAGAUGAUGUUAAAGUGGUUUCAGAAGAUGAAGCCAUGAUGUUGGUGAACCAUCAAGCAACAGGAGAUGUCUGCACGCUAAUGAUGUGCCUUCAGGAUAAAGGCACGGUUGUCCGUCAGAUGAUGUGGCUGAUGGAUCAUAUUUUUAAGUAUACAAACUUUGGGAUUGUAUCGCUAAUCCACGGAGACUUCUUUAUAAGACAGGGAAAAGCUCACCGUGACCAGCAGCUUGUGCUCCUAAAGGAGCAUCUAGACAAACAUUACAGGAGCCGUGACCGGAAGUGGAUUGUACUGUUUCCAGAGGGCGGCUUUCUUAGGAAAAGGAGGGAAACAAGCCAGGCAUUUGCCAAGAAAAACAAUUUGCCAUUUCUUACAUAUGUCACCCUGCCAAGACUGGGAGCAACACAAGUUAUUCUGAAAUCACUUGUAGCUCAGCAAGAAAAUGGAACCCCCGCAGGUGGAGAUGCGAUGGUAGCAGAGAGCAAAUCAAAAGGUCUUCAAUGGGUGAUAGAUACAACCAUUGCUUACCCUAAUGCAGAACCUAUAGACAUCCAGACCUGGAUUCUUGGCUACAGACGACCGACAGUCACUCAUGUACAUUACAGGAUUUUUCCAAUUAAAGAUGUACCUGCAGAGCCUGAAGCCCUCACUGAUUGGCUAUAUCAACGGUUCAUUGAAAAAGAGGAUCUCUUGUCACAUUUUUACAAAACAGGAGCAUUUCCUCCACUUCAGGGUCAAGCAAAGGCUAUUUCCCGAGAGAUGACCCUCAGCAACUUGUGGCUAAUUGUCAUACAGUCCCUUGCAUUUUUGUCGGGCAUUAUGUGGUACUGCAUCCUUCAGUAUUUUUAUCAUUGCCUAUUUUAG